AUGGCGCCCCACCUCAUCUUCGGCACCGCAUCCUUCGGGAUGCCCAUGACGGAGUUCCAGGAUGCAGACGCGGUGAAAAACGUACUCCGGACGCUGAAGGAACUAGGUAUUACGAGGCUAGAUUCGGGCGCGCGGUACCCGCCCACCAACCCGGGGCGCUCGGAGGAGCUGAUCGGCGAGGCGGGGGAAAGCGGGUUCCGGGUUGAUACGAAGGUGUUCACGGACACGGCGACGGAUGGGUGUGGGGAUUUGGCGGCGGAGGCGAUGGGGAGGUCGGUGGAGGGGAGUUUGGGGAGGUUAAGGGUUGAGGGGGUGAACGUACUGCACAUCCAUCGGGCUGAUCCGAAGACCCCACUCGAGGAGCAGGUCAAAGGGUUUAAUGACCAGAUUGCGAAAGGGCAUUGCAAGAAGGCAAGUUUACCUAUGUGGGGUGUAUCCAAUGUGCCACUACCAAUGCUGGAGAAGAUGAUACAGAUCUGCGAAGAGAAAGGCUGGCAGAAGCCGAGCUGCUACCAGGGGAUCUACAACUUGGUGUCCCGCGGUAUGGAGUCGAAGCUCCUGCCGGUCCUGCGCGCUCAUGGUAUCGCGUUUAAUGGAUAUCAGCCCCUAGCAGCAGGCUUCCUAACUGGCGCCCUCGUGAACAACGAGCCAGCCGGCGGUCGCUUCGCCGACGACAACCCCCUCGGGCCCACCAUGCGACGCAUGUUCGGCGGCGAGGACCUGCUCGCCGCCAUGAAGAAGUUCGGCGCCGAGGUCAAGGCCCAGGGGCUCACGCCGGUCGAGGUUGCCAUCCGCUGGGUCGUGCACCACUCUGCGCUGGGGGACGACGACGGCGUUGUCGUGGGCGCGAGCAGGAGCGCGCAGGUGGUGGAUACGGUGGAGCUUGUGCGCAAGGGCCCGCUGCCGCGGGAGGUGCUGGGGUUGGUGGAGGAGCUGUGGGAGGGUGUACCGCUAUUCUCGACGCCAACUACCACAAGGGCCCUAAACACACUCUCCCUCGUGCGCUACACAAUACCAGAAAUGUUGCUGCGCAGGGCCAUCGCUUUCGUUAAUCUAGAGGAUUUCCCACCAACCGUCCUCAUCAUCAUUGUCAUCUUCGAAGCUGACACGUCAAGACUCGAAGUCAACACUUUGGCAGACUAA